ACCCUUGUGAUCGGUCAAGUGGAUUAAUGGCAUCCCUCAUCAUCACAUCACGCCAUUUUGCAUAACACCCCACCCUAAUCCAGCCUGCAUCAACCUCCGGACAAGGUGGUACCUACGCAGUUGAGGUUCUCUGCAUCCGAGGGGAGAAACUGAUUUGAAGACGUCAGUGACAGUUGACAGUGUUGCCUCAUUAUUGCUCAUGAGGAUUGCAGAGUUCAGUGACAAGGAUAUAUAGUGCUUAUAUUACCAUCCGACAUCACACUGAAGAAAUACUUUCUGAAACAAGAAGAUCUACACUUGAUAGAAAAAUGACUUCAUGUUGCAGUGCAAAGAGUUUGAUGUUUCUUGUGAUGUUGAUUACCUGGACAUAUCAAGUAAAUGGUCAAGGGUGUCCAUCAUCAGCAGCACCAGUUGCAGACAUGUGUUCUGGGGACUCUGUCAUUGGAGCUCGAGCAUUUCUUGACACAUCCAGAGCUCCGCAAGUGAAUCUCAACUGCACCUGUUCUCUGCAAACAACGGCAGAUUCUCUAAGUGUUAUCCUCAUCGCUGCACCCAACUACCAAGGAUGCCUGUCCAGACUUGACUUCAGAGCAUCUAAUCCACUGACAUUUGAAUGCCUGUUUUCUGGGAUAACAAUUGAUGUUUCUGCAAAGAAGAACUUUGACAUCAACUUCCUGAAAGAUGUGCCGAUGGCUAGCAAUAACUACUGUGUGGACAUCAAAGCAAAUCCUUCACCUGGCGGAUCCAUAACCACAGUCCAACUCGUAUGCCGUUCAGCAACCACUACCACAAUCCCGACAACGACAACAUCAACUACGACCACCAGCACUACCACCCCUAUCCCAAAACCCAUUGCCACAAGCACCCCUUACAACCCAACCACGUACCGACUGACCUACACCCCAGGUGUCACGUCUUUGCCAGGGGAGGUAACUACAAGGAAGACCUACGGUCCGACCACCGAGACGACGCGCACUACAACAGUCUACACGUACACUGGCUUCCCCAACAGUGUCAGUCAGACUGCAAUUAUUAUCAUCUGCUCUAUUGUUGGCGCUGGUCUUCUAGUCGGAAUCAUCAUUGCAGUUGCUGCCAUCAUGGGAAAACGGAGACAACCAAGACGGAAUGCACACAAAAAUCGCUUCAGUGUACCUGCAAAUAGUAAUUUGGACAAUGGAAACAACAGCCACCUUGGACACAAACGUAUAGGCAAUGGUUUUGAUGAGAGAAGUGAAGACUUUUUACAUCGUGCAGUUACCUCGAGUCACAAGAAACACCCAUCUCUCAACAGAAUGUACGAUAAUAACGGAUAUGACAAUUUCGAACAUUCUCGCAAUUACACCACACUUGUUGUGAGUGAACGAUUAUAAGAUGUACACAUGUUUUCAUCAACCAAGCAUUAAUCAAAACAGAGACAGUACACCUCUCAUUACCAUGAUUAUUUAAAAUUUUAAAACACCCUAUAUAUUCACAACACAUGAGACUAUUCACCAUUUGGAAUUUUGCCUCCACCUGAAAACACUCUUAACUGUUUGUUCACAUAAACAUCUGUUUGGGAAUAAAAUUUAAUCAUUAAUAUAUUUUGGCCUCAUCACUGAUACAAUUGAAUGUUUCUUUAUGCAUGUCUUGAAUUUUUCCAUACAUUACCUUUGCAAUUUAUUUUGUGUGUGUUGUAAAAAGUACAGGCCAAACGCUUCAACCUAUAUAUAGUGUCAUGUAUUCUUGACUGCAAUGCAAGUAAAUGCAUUUAUAUAUAUUGUCUUUUUCUUCUUUGGUUGACAGGGUUGUAUGCCUGAGAUUUUCAAUUUGUAAACAUGCUUAUUAUCAUAAUUAUAUUUUUACUGUGCCUCUCUAGAAUUUGAUAAAGAAAGACCUUAAGACUGUAUCAUACUUUGCCACCCCCCCACCAUUUUAUGAAACAUUUUUUCAUGGUGCCCUAAAUACAUGUAACAUUUUUCCAUGAUGCCCCUUCCCAAUAAUUAAUGAGCACUCCCCCCAAAAUAAACAAAUUUAUCAUUCUUUUAUUUGAAAAAAUGGGACCUUUUCAUUGCUUCAUUGCCCAGUGAACAGUCCCUUAUUCAUGUUUUCAAUUAAAUCAGACUUGUAUUUCACUCAUGACAAGACCAUAUAUGGAGAUAAAGGCAAUAUAGCCUGUCCACCAGUCUUGAAGGGGACAUUAUAAAGUUGUAGCAGGAUCAGCAGGGGUACAUGGGGUUUUGUGCGUCCAGCGUUAGGUUUUAUAGGCGAGUGGUAUAAAACCUAACAAGGGAAGCAUAAAACCCAUUAUAUCCCAAAGUGAUCCUGCUACAACAAAUUUAUCUUACCGACAUGUUUUAAUAUGACAUUGUAAAAGAAUGAAAACAAAUUCAAUAUUGUUAGAAAACAGUUGUUAGAUUGAGCGGAGGUUAGCUUGUGCUAUGUCACAUGACUUUCACUGACUCGGAGAAAGUGUGCAGCUUUUUGCUUGGAAGCGGGGUAUAAGGGAUUUAUUCUGUAUCUCAGAAUUCCAUGUGCAGUCAGUCUGGCUCGUGGUGGGAUAUAGGUGAUUUAUUUAUUUCCGGGUGGGAUAUAUAGUAUUUCAUCAGAAUCACAUGGACCAAUCAGAUCUCAUUAUUCUGACAUGCAGGUAUGAAAAUGGUUGAUGUAUCCUCUAUGUUAGUUUAUGUUCCCUGAGCCCCCAAACCUAACACAGUACAUCAACUAAUGUCACCUGUGGAACUGAUGGACAACAAAUUUAUAUUACUGCACACCUGUUUAUAUUACAGGUAUGUCUUAUGCUUUGGUCUGAAUUGGUAAUAAUACCACAGUUAGGCAUUUAUAGCAGACAAAACAAAAAGACAAACUUAGAGUUACUUCCCUUAGAUCUAUUUCAUUCAGAAAAUAUUGUCCAUAUCCAGAGAAUGGCUUCUAACAUUAUUAAUUUGAGAUACAAAAUUGCAGUUGGUAUGUUCUAAAUGUAAAGCCAACUGUUUGAGCAGGCAACAUAAGAAAUGUACCUGACAUGUUAGUGUGUUAAAAAUAUAAAAUACUUCUGUUGAAGUCACAUAUAAAUAUAUUUGUAGCCCUGGGUUCAUAUUAUACAAGAAGAUUUGGCAGAAGGGCAUAUACAACCUCUUAAGUUGUCAUGACAUAUGCAGAAACUCCCCAGUUUGUGCAUCAGUAGAUUGGCUAGGCAGCUGUUGCCAAUCUCUGAAAUAAUGCCGAUGCUACGUUACAUUUUAACUCACUCACUAUCAAAUACCAAAAACAAACAAAAAUUGAUUCAAAUUUAGGGUGAUAAGAAUUCAAACCAAAACUAAACAUCGACCAAUUACAAGCAAGAAAACAAUGAUACUGUGAUGUGUUGUAAAUAUUAUAUCAAAUAUAAUUUAAUACAAGAUGCAACUGCUGCUUAUAUUAUUUUUUUCUGACACAAUGCCAUGAUGUGGGAAGUAAGGGUGUGCAGUAUUAACGGUAUAUCGGUAAAAUUGAGGUUCAUUCUAUCCAUGAUACGUAUCACAAUAUCAUGUUUUAAUGCUCGAUACAUCGGGUGAUUUAAACAGCGAUUUUUAUCAUGUGUUUAAUGAUAUUCACUUUCCAUACACAUUUACCUGCAAAAUGUUUUCGUAAUUCCAAAACGCAAGUUCACAUUCUGGAGCUCUUCUUUGGAAGUGGGUAACGCCAAGUCAUCACUGUCCCGGAGCGCAAAUCAUUGCAUAUUUAUUGAAUGAGUAAACAUCGUGCUUUUCCAGCAUCUUGUUUUGUUCCAUUUAUGAACUUCAAUUCCUGCAUUGAUGUUUCAAAUUGCUUCUGACUUCAAAAUUUUGAAACAUACAAUACGUUGUAUGUAUCGCAAUACCCCCUUGUGCAUUGUAAAAUAUUGUGAUACACAUUAAACAUCCAAUACCCAUGUCAUAAAAAUAGAUAUUAUGAUUCAUUUUGCGGGUAAAAAGUAGAAUAUUAUCCAAAACUAACUUUGUGCAAACUGUUUACAAAUGUAAGUAACACUGACAGACUCAAGUGAACAUGGACCACUAGACUUACCUAUAUCCUCUUAAAUAAGUAUUUAUAUUAGCAUGCUUUCCACUUUUGUAUUCUCAGACUUUGGCCCAUAAUAUUUGAGGUCACAUAUACUUCGCAGAAUGUAGGGGAGAGGUGCCAAUGUAGUGACACUAGUAUUAAUUGUUAUACAUUAUCUUUAGACACAGCUUAUUUGUUUUUACUGGGAUGUGGGUUCAAAAUGCAUUCAAUCAAGUGCUAUAUAUAUAUUUUUUGUUGAAAAUUGAUAUACAUGUGUGAACCAUACCCUGGAAUAAAAUCAUGUGUUUAAUAAUUGAAUAACUGGAUAUUGUUUUAAAAGCAAUCAAAUUGUAUCUAUUUUCAAUAAAAUCAAAACAAUUCAUUUAC